GACAAGAUGUGUGCAGUUCGAGGGAUACUAGGAGCAGCCAGCAUUGCAGCUCUAGCUGUAGCGGCCGGUGGAUCGCUUUACUACCUGUACCGAUCCAGAACUCAGAAGCCGACGACAAUGGAAGAGACUGUGAUCACUCCAGUGGAAGGAGACCCUGAAACGGUGGAGGAGAGGCAGGCUGAGCCGAUGGUUGAACCUGUACUCUUCGAGACUGUGAUGGAGUUGGUGGAGGAAGAUGGAGGAGUUGACUGCCCCAAGGAAGAAGAUCAGGCCACUCUCAUCAUGGAUGAGGCACCAGAAGCUCUCAGCCUGCCACAGGUCAGUGACUUAACAGAGUCAGAGGAAGCUGAGGUGACCCUUUAUACAGAGCUUUGUGAGAGUGUGGUGGAAACAUUGGAGGAAGAUGGAGGAGUUGACUGCCCACAAGAGGAAGAUCAGGCCACUGUCAUUAUGGAUGAGGCACCAGAUGCUCUCAGCCUGCUCAUCAUGGAUGGGGCAUUAGAAGCUGCCAGCCUGCUACUGGGCACUGACCCAGCAGAGACUAAGGAAGCUGAGACGGAGGCUGAAUGCAGACCCGAAGCUGAAUACAAAAAGAAGCAGAAGAGACGAGGGAGACGAGGAAGAUCACGAAAACUACGAAGACUAGGAAGACUACGAAGACGAGGAAGACUAGGAAAACGAGGAAAUAGGCUAUAUAAGUAGAACAGUGUAGGAUUAAGUUGUUUUGUGUCAACGCAAAU